ACGUGCACACGUAUUUUUUCUCAUUUUUAUAAUAACUACUCAUUAGAUAGACCUCCUAUACUUUAUUAAAGUGCAAGCAUAACAAAGACUCCAUUUACUGAUCAAACAUGUGAACAAUAAACAUAAUCAAAUAACCAAUCAGGGCAUUUAGAUAUGAGUAUCUAAUGUAAUGAUAUCUUGCCCAAAUGAAUAUAACGUGUCAUUAUUGUCUUGACUUCGUCGGAAUAAGUGAUACGCAGCGUGGUUCAGGACGAGCGCUGAUAAAAGAUUGUCACGACAACAGUAUCUGUUGGUCCUCCGCAGGGGAAAGAACUAUUCCUGACCCACGUAGAGGAAUCUGUAGUGACGAGUGAAUUAAUUGAAUUGACUCAACGAACGCUUCCCGUCGUUGAUUCGCAGUCUCUAGUGAAUCUCUUGUCCGAUUGAGCAAGUUUGUUGAAAGCUGUUGAUUUGUGGUUCAUUCGACGAGUGAUAGUGAUGUGGAUCCUGAGCUGAUCGUAUACCCAAUAUCAGGAUACUGUGAUAUUGCGAAUUAUCGCAAUGUAUAGAGUGAAAGUCGAUUCGUUGAUGCUAUUGCUGUGGGCUUCUUGUACUGUAACUCGGGGUAUCAGCGACGUGGAAGUACUGACACCAAAACUGACACGCUGUAGCCAUGAACGCGCCUACGACAUGUACGGCGCUUAUUGUGGUGGUCUCCGUCUCGACAAGAUACCUAAUCUAAAGAGCAGCAUCGAGAUCCUUGACUUCAGCGAAAAUAGGUUAAACGAGUUGCAAGCUGACACCUUCACAAAUUAUCCAAACAUAAAGUUUCUAUAUUUAACUGAAAACCAAUUGUAUCGUAUUGAUAAAGAUGCAUUCGCGCCGCUCGUCUACCUACAGACUCUAGAUCUUUCGAAUAAUGUCAUAUUAGAAUUACCAGAGACCGUCUUUCAACUGCCGUCUUUACGAAAUUUGUAUUUAAAAAAUAAUCCUUUACUCCAUCUAAGUAUAAGCAAUUUGGAAAUAAGAAAACCAAUAAAAGCACCUUUGGAGUUAUUAGACAUAUCUAAUUGCAAGUUAGAAAGGUUACCAAACUGGGGAACUAUACCAAAUUUGGUAAAAUAUAAUAUCUCACACAAUCAACUAAAAACUAUUGAAGCUCAACAUUUCGCCUCGAUGUGUGCCUUGAAAAAGGUUGAUAUUUCAAAAUCAAUAGAAGAAAUAAAGACAUGUGACUUAAAACCUACGAUUAGUUGGUUUCAAAUAAAAGCAAUUUCAUUCGAACUGGAUGAUUAUAGCAAGUUGAACACCGAAGAAUUUAACGAUUGCCCGAGUAUGACAGGAAAUGAUUUAGAAAUCCUCAACACUACGCACCACAUAUGUAGAAGCAUGUACUUGAAGUUUCAUAAUUCAAUUACAUCUCGACGCACGUGGUUGACGGUGAUCGGUGGAUUGGCAGGCUUUUUAGUCUGCUUCAUGUUGCUGCUAUAUCUAAUGCAUCGACAUAACGUUGCACAAACCAAAGAACCGUCGGAGAAAAUCAAGAAGGUCACACCAAAGAACGAGAGCGAUAAACACGCAUCGAUACCGAUUCUGAACGAAACGAGUGAUGUCUCACGGCUUUAGUACCUAGUUUUAAGAAGAGAUAUAAGUCAAGUCUUGCCCUUUUAGAUUUAGACAAGAAGCAAAAGAAUCUAUCGAUAGAUAUAUAGAAUAGAAUAGAAUAGAAAAUAUUUAUGAAUAAUGUUUUGUGGAAAAGCAUAUCACAAGAAGAUAUAAGUGUGCCAUCUUAAAGAGGCCAGGAACUCCCACGUAUAUAAUUUUAAAUGCGUUAAUGAUGAGAUCUCAUACGUUCCUCUCUCGUUCUAUCUCAUACACGCAUAAGCGAUAACGUAAAUGUCGAUAGAUUCUUUUGCUACUUGUUUAGGGGUAUUGUUUUUGCAUAGGUACUAUUAGAUCUGGAGUAAUAUGCCAUUUAUUAUAGUUGUGGAAAACAUAGAUUGUAUUCAUCUUAUUAAAAUUAUUAAACAAAGUAAAAAUUGUGAUAGAUAUGCAUAGCAUUUACCCUCAUAUAAAUGUUAAAUAAGUCUGGCCAAGUCAAUAAUAUAAAUCAAAUCAAUAUAUAAAAACUUAUUACGAAUUCAGAAAAGUUACUUAUUUCGAAACAAUAUAUAUAACAUUGCUAUGUAUUUUUUUAUAAGCAAAGGGGGUAAUUCAUAAAAAUAAUUCAAUAAAGGAAUUUUUAAUAUCAAACUACAUAUACUAUGUAAUGCUGGAUACAUAUUGGUCCAAAAUGGUGGGUGCAGAAUCUAUUAUUCUGACUUUCUUUCAGUGUAUAUUAAUUUUUACCUAUUUAAUGUUUUAUUUUAUGCGCACGUCACGUUUCACCAGUCUGUACUCGGCAUUAUAAUCUCUAGUUAAAAUUCAUAAGUUAUAUUAAAUAUUCGUCCUGUAUAAAAUAGCAAUAAGUAUAACUAUUUUUCUUUAUAAUCAUUCCUAAAAGAAUAUAACUAUUUGUUAUUGAGAAUACUAGUUAUAAAGAUUCACGGUUUAUUUGAAAAUAAUGUUAGUUUCCUACCAAAAAUAGAUCUGAUAUUAAUUUGGGGUUUUUAGUAUAGACAAGCCAAAGUUACCCUUUAGAUAAGCUAAUAUAAAAAAAAAAUAUCUCCACCAUAUUUCUAAGCAAAUGUCUGUAAUCUUAUAUAACUCGUGUUAAGAUGAAAUUGUUUAUAAUUGAUAGUUUUUAUAAAAAUCUAAUAAUUAAUAUAAAUUUUAAGUGCCUAAAACCCCGAAAGUAAAUGUUAUAAAUUAGAGAUUGUAAUAAAAUCUUGGUAAUACCAUUUUGCCUUCCUAAUAAUUAGGAUCUAUAAAUAAAGAUUAAAAUAUAUAUAUUUGGGAGUGAUAAGUAAAAUUUAAGAGGCUUUCUAAAGGCUGACUAGACUUAUUAAUAACCGUGCUAUAUUUUAAUUAAUUUUAUGUAACAUAUUUCAUUUUAUAUACCUAGGUAUUUACUGUUAUUAGUAACGUAAAGAAUAGAAAAUGAAGAAAAGUAUAAUAAAGUGUGUCCUAAGUCUGUAAAAUUAAUUUUAAAUAUGCAUAAAUUAAUUUGUUAUCGAUCUGGGUACUAUAAAUACCCAAAACAAAUUAUUAUUUUAAAUAAAAAGUGCAGAUGUCUGAAUAUUUUAAAUAUUUGUAAUUUAAAUAAUUGUAAUUACCUACGCAAAAUUCUAAAAAUUUAAAUGACAAAGGUAUAUGGAAUGACUAAUAUAUUAGUUUUAGUUUUUUUUUUAGAAUUUAAAAUAAUAAAUAUAAUAAUUUAAUAUAUAAUAAUAGUUAUUAAUGCACAUGAAUUUUAUAUAAAUAAAGUUAGAUAACACGUACAAUUUUCGCCAAAAUAUUUUUUACCUAGUUUGUAUUAGAUAAAUAUAAGCGAAAUCACUGUGAUAGAAUAUAAAUUAUUAUUUUUAAUAAAUACUAAAUGUGCAAA